CCGAGUCGUGUGCAAUCGUGUGGAAGCCAAAGAAAGAAGAAAUAUUCGUGGACAAACGCAAAGCUUCAAGCUAGAUAGAAACUAAAGAAAAAAUAAAGGGCGCACCCUCAUUAAGUUUUUGCUUGAUAAUUAAGCAAAUAUAAAGUAUAAUAAACUACGAAUGCUGUACUAAUCGAAUUGGAAAUAAAAACCCGAUAGUUUCAUCGAAAUUUUAUUGCAUUGUGCAAUGCGUGAAUGAGGAUUAUAUAAGCCAGAGCGACAGUUGGCAAUUGUUAGCAAUUGUGGUAAUGAGACUCGUGGCCAAAUGCGAUUGAUUAUGCUAUUUGCCCAAAGUCAUUGGCCAACAGCACGCUAAAAGCCGGCAAAAUAUAAAUAAAUAUUGUUUUUUUUGCACGGGUUAUUUUCUUUUUUGGCAAACUGAAUUUUGACAGCACAAAAAAAAGAAAAGAAACGAGGAAAGAAAAACAACGAAGAAAAAUAUAAAAACUGUUGCAACCAAGAGAAAGAGAGAGAGAGAGGGAGAGAGACGAACAAAGAGCACGCGAGUGUGUGAGAGAGCGCAAAGAUUUAUAAAUAAAUCGAGCAGAUACGCAAAAUAAGAGCAUACGCAAAACAAACCUCUACAAUAAAACCGAAAAAAAGACAGAAAAAAACAGAAAUAUAAACAAACAAAAAGGAAAAGAGCAAAAGCAACGGCCAUAACAAUAACAACAACAAGAAAAUUACAAUAUGCCGGAGCCAGUGGGAAUUCUGUGGUCGAUGCCAGAGACAAAGAAGAAGGCGCCCAUUAUCAAGGUAUCCUGCGGCAUUGGCGAUACGGAUGGCUUUCCCGCCUUUGACGUGGAGUCCGAUGCCUAUGACUCCAAAGAUGACACGAAAUGGGGUUUCCUGAUAACCGGCGGCGCUGAAUUUCAUAUGCCCUUAACUGUCUUUCAGGUUACACCCGAUGGUCUAGCUGACAAAUCGGGGAUACGUCUGGGCGAUAUCAUACUCGAAAUAAACGAAGAGGACGCAUCGCAGCUGACACUGGCCCAGGCACACGAGCGCAUCAACGCGACCCCAAAGAAAGUGCAGUUCCUAAUGCGCAACAUGGAGGAGGAUGAUCCCACUGGAAUGUUUGAGGCCGGCGAGGAGAAGUCGAUUGUGAUGCGAGUGCCAAAGCCGAUGCCACCGCCGAAAGGCCGCGUGCUUCCCAGUUCCAUUGAACUGCGUCUGCUGGAGAUGCAACGCAAGCUCUCCGCUAUUGCUGAAAUACCCAAGAUUCUCAGUUCCACGCUGGCAACGGUGUCGCAAUCCUUUGACUCCUUGGAGGCCGAGGCGAGCUAUAAGCGUAAAUGUUCCUACGACGAGGAUGCGCUCGACUAUGAGUUACUCGAGCAGCCGGAAAGUGAGUGUGACAGUGAACUCGACGAGUCGGACGAUGCUGAGGAUGAUGAGGAAGAUGAUCUGGUACAGGUGCAAGAUGACGAUGACGUUGAAGAUGCUGUGCACAAAUUCAAAUCAGAGUCACUGAAGGAUGCGACGCCGGAAUCGGAUUAUGCAUCGGAAGCCAAUUAUGCGUCAAAUGAGACAAGUGAUGAGCCACACAAUGGCAACGACUACGAAGAUGAUGAGUUCGGUGAUGAUGAGAAGGCUGUUUUUUAUCUGAAGCUGCCUGCAGGCGCAGACAUCGACGCCGACACCGACAACACAACACGGCACACGGAAAUAGCAGCAAGAGCAACAGCUCAACUCAGAGCAGAUGCUGUGAAGAAUAUAAGUUCCGAGUGCGACAGCAGCGACCUGGAUGAGGAUGAGGAUGAGGUUGCCAAGGAUAAUAAUGACAGUGACUUCUUGAGCACCACUUAUACGUGGAAUCUGCGAAAUGUGCCCAAGCAGCGCAUAAACGAUGCCGAGGGCGUAUGUAAUUUGACGCUACUGAGCCCGCAGCUGGAGCAGCACAAUACGAUUGACGACACUUCAAAGGUGCGAGCUGCGACACCAACGCCAACGCCAGCGUCAAUGUCAACGUCACCGUCAACAACGGCGAGAACUUCAACGGAGGAGGCGGCACACUCGCAGUCACAAAAGCUGCUCUUCAAACUGGAUAACCUCGAACGCUCCUGGCCCUGGGCAGAUCGCGAGAAAAUCAUCUACAAGCAAUCAACCUGUCAUCUGGUGCCACGCAAACCGCUGGGAAUUGUUGGCCAACGCAUUCAAUUGCUCGCCAAACAGGAGUUGCAACGCAAGGACAAAACGCAAUAGUCUAACGACGAGAAGAGCACAACUCCAACAAAUAUCAACUUUAUUUUUUAUUUUAUUUUCCAUAUACAUAUUAUAUUCCCUUCUCGUCAUUAGUGAGGUGUCGCCUCAGACUCGCAGACUCUGCGCUUGGCAGGCAACCGAACUUUUAAUUGAGUUCAUUAUGCAAUGCGUCAGCCGCACACUCCACUUAACAGACACAGGAACAAGUAGCCCGAGCGCACGCACACGCACACGCACAGGCACACGCACAACAGGGCGUAUGCGCAACUUUAUUUAAACUCAUAUAGGAUGCAAGAGUAGUCUUCAACUUUGGCUCAACAAAAGCAGCACACACUUCUGCCGGCUGUUUUUAAUUAAAAAAGUGCAUCGCAAGUAAAGCCAAAAUCUGUGGCCAACAAUUGCCAAGAUAAUUUCACACACAUUAUCCUUUCAAUUAAACUUUUUAAUCAAUUCAUUAUUGAAUUGAAUUGUAAAUUAUGAAAUUUCAGCUUUCAAACGUUCAUUUUCUAUU